CAACCGAACAAAAGCAGAAUUGGAGGAGAAAAAAACUCAUACAAGAGGACGCUUUGUAAGGAGGAGCAGAGAGCUCAAACCCGGCUUCCUGAGACAGCAACCCACGCUUGGCAAUUGGAAUUAGAAAGAAAAGGCAAAAUUUCUUUGACUGAAAGGACCACGCAUACAGGACACAAUGAAGCCUAACAGGCAAGUGAUAUGUUUUGUUAUCUUAUUGUGGGUUUGUGAGGCGGCCUCAGCAACAGGGAGGUUUUCUGUGGCGGAGGAAAUGGAGGUCGGUUCCUUUGUGACUAAUGUGGCAGAGACUUUGGGGCUGGAGAGAGGAGAAUUGUCGGCCCGCGGGGCCCGCGUCCUCUUUGAGGACAAUCGGCAUUAUUUACAGCUUAACCUGGAAAGUGGGGAUCUGCUCCUGAAAGAAAAAUUAGACCGGGAGCAGCUGUGUGGUCCGGAGGAGCCAUGUCUGCUAUCUUUUCAGAUUUUACUGGAAAAACCCUUUCAGAUAGUUCGCGCUGAACUCCGGGUCCAAGAUAUAAAUGACCAUUCGCCUGUUUUUCCGAACAAUGAAAUGCUUCUCAAUGUCCCUGAAAAUAGUCCAUCCGGGUCUCUGUUUUCUCUGAAAACUGCGCAAGAUUUGGACAUAGGGAGCAAUAGUGUUCAGGACUACACAAUCAGUCCUAAUUCUUAUUUCCACGUUCAAACCCAUGCUCGCGGUGGUGGCAGGAAGUUCGCGGAGCUGGUGUUGGAGAAAACCCUGGAUAGGGAGGUGCAGCCCGAAGUCACUUUAACUCUUACUGCAUUGGAUGGUGGAUCCCCACCUCGGUCUGGAACAGCUCAAAUCCGAGUCCUGGUUGUGGAUAUCAACGACAAUGCUCCCAUUUUUUCCCAGGCUCAGUAUGAGGUUCAGAUCCCGGAGAAUAGCCCCAUCGGCUCCCUGGUAGUCACGGUCUCUGCUACAGAUGUGGAUAUAGGGAGUAAUGGGCAAGUAUCAUAUUCAUUUUUUCAAGGCUCCGAAGAAAUUGUAAAUACGUUUGAAAUAAAUCCCACUUUAGGAGAAAUUAAAAUGAGAAGAGAACUAGACUUUGAGGCAAUUAAAUCGUACGAGGUGGAUAUUGAAGCCACAGAUGGUGGGGGCCUUUCAGGAAAAUGUACUGUUGUGAUCCAAGUGACAGAUGUGAAUGAUAAUGCCCCAGAACUAGUCAUCUCGUCAUUUACCAGUCCUAUCCCUGAGAAUUCACCUGAGACCGUGGUAGCUGUUUUUAAGAUUCGAGAUCAAGAUUCGGGAGAAAAUGGACACAUGGUUUGUUCUAUUGAGGGAAAUGUCCCUUUCUUCUUAAAACCAUCUAUUGACAACUUUUACACCCUGUUAACACAGAGCUCCUUGGAUAGAGAAAGUAGGGUCGAGUACAACAUCACCAUUACAGUCACGGAUCUGGGAAUUCCGAGGCUCAAAACUGAGUGCAACAUCACUGUACUAAUUUCUGACGUCAAUGACAAUCCUCCAGAGUUUACUCAGUCAGCCUACACCUUCUAUCUCCAGGAGAAUAAUAUUCCUGCCCUCCACAUUGGCACUGUGAAGGCCAGUGAUAGGGAUUCAGGGACCAAUGCUAAGGUAACUUAUUCUUUUCAGUCUCCUAAAGCUGGAGACCUGCCCCUCUUCUCCUAUGUCUCCAUUAAUUCCGAUAAUGGAAAUCUCUAUGUCCUGAGAUCCCUGGAUUAUGAAGUCAUCCAAGCUUUCCGAUUCACUGUAAGGGCAACUGAUGGAGGCACCCCACCCCUGAGCAACCAAGCUCUAGUUCAGGUUGUGGUCCUAGAUAAGAAUGAUAACUCUCCUUUUGUGCUAUAUCCCCUACAGAAUGGCACAGUUCCUUGCAAUGAUCUAGUGCCCAGAACUGCAGAACCAGGUUACCUGGUCACCAAAGUGGUGGGUGUAGAUAUGGAUUCAGGGCAAAAUUCUUGGCUUUCCUAUCAGCUGCUCAAGGCCACAGACCUAGGUCUCUUCACUUUAUGGGCCCACAAUGGGGAAAUUCACACAGCAAGGCCCAUCAGUGACAAAGAUGCCAUUAAACAGAAGCUUUUGGUGCUGGUGAAGGACAAUGGGGAGCCACCUCUGUCUACUGUGGCCUCACUGAAUGUACUAUUGGUGGAGGGCUUCUCUGAGCCCUACCUGCAAUUCUCAGAUGCACCCAAGGAACAGGUCCAGAUUGAUUCCCUCACCAUUUACUUGAUCAUUUCUUUAGCACUUAUCUCCUUUCUUUUUCUGGUCUCUAUUAUUAUGUUUAUUGCUAUUCGCCUAUGGAAGAGGAAAAGAGAUGCCACAGAUUGUAGUCAAUUUGAUCCAAAUAACCCCUUCCCAAACCAUCUUUUGGAUGUCAGCAGAACAGGGACCUUGUCCCAGAACUACCAAUAUGAGGUGUGUCUCACCAGUGGUUCAGGGACCGAUGAGUUCAAGUUCCUGAAGCCCAUUCUACCCAGAGUUCCUCCUCAAGCUACUUAGAAACAACUACAUUCUUAUUACAGUAUUACAACUGAUCAACAGAAAUUUAAUAUUGUCAAUUUGUAAAAUUUUUUCUCAUGCUAUUUCAUUAAUCUUUUAUUUUUGCCUAGCAGGGGAAACUUUAAAUUUAAUAAUGAAAGUUUUUUUUAAUAUGGUGCAAAUUAUUGUUGGUCCUGAAAGUUUUUUCAAUGAUCUUGGUUUUUGUAAAAUAUUUGGUAGC